AUGCACCUGUCCCGUCCCUCUGUUCUCCCGGAGCCCUGCCUCUGCUCCAGACUGGUCACCGGAUCGGCCACAGCUGCUGCUCUCCGUGACCGGGACUAUUUUAGACACGAGGACCCGAGAUGUGCAGCAGCGGCUCAGAGCAGCACCAUGAAGUCCACAGACUGCUGCUCGGACCUGGACACGGACUGCUCUGAUGGCAAGUCCAGCAGUGGAUCCCCCGCAGCAGCAGCCAGACGCAGACGCAGCGGUACUGGGACAAACAAGCAGAGACAAGCCGCGAACGCCCGGGAAAGGGACCGUACCCACAGCGUCAACUCUGCCUUCUCUACUCUGCGCAUGCUCAUCCCCACCGAGCCCGCAGACCGAAAACUGUCCAAGAUUGAGACCCUGCGCCUGGCCUCCAGCUACAUCUCCCACUUGGCCAAUGUGUUGGUGCUGGGGGAGGACGGGGAGGGGCCCCCGUGCGUGCGCUUUCCAGGCUCCAGGGUUAUCUGCACCUUCUGCCUCCACCACAGGAAACUGGUCAGUCAGCAGUGUGAGGGGGACAUGUCCAUGAGCUGUGUAGACUGA